AUGCAUGCGCACGGAGUUUUGCGCCUGAUCUGCUACCAACUUCUGCUUCUGGGGGUAUUUGGAAAGCACCAUUAUAGUCAACUACCUGGCAUGAGGAAUAUCUCACAUCUGGCGUCCAGACCGGACCGAACCCGACAUCAUUUAUCCACAUAUAUGAUGCACCUCUACCGGAAUUUCAAAGUGAACCACACGCGACCUGUGGAUUAUAUGGAGCACGAGCACGCGGAUACCAUCAAGAGCAUCCUGUCAAAGAGUUUGACCAAUGAAGGCAGACACUACGUCGCAAACUUUGACCUGUCCUCUGUGCUGUCUGAACAACAGAUCAAAGCUGCGGAGUUGAGGAUUCGUGUUCCCAGAGAAAUGAAUCAAACAAACGUUGCAGUGGAAAUGAGACACCUCCAGGACGUCCCGUGCCAUCAACAUGACGUCUGCCUGGAGAACCAGUCUCUGGGUGUGCUUUCAGAAGCAUCUCUGAUAAGCGUUUCCCAUCACUGGAGGGUCUACAACAUCACGGGUCUGCUGCUGGACUGGAUCGGUCUAAAACGCUCCGAGUUGAGGCCCCUGAAGACCAGACGAGCUCUGAGAUCCAGCAGACAUGCUCUUCAAAACGGGCCCAAACGUGCGGAUGGUAUCCGUCACAGAGCCAUGCUCCUGAUAUUCUCACACACAGUCCCGGAGCAGGGAAUGCAAGACAAGGCAAGUCUGCUUCACACAGCAGAGAAGUCCAAGUUUCUGUUCAACACCGAAGGAAAGGAGGUGCGGAGAGAGAAGACACAAAAGAGCAAGAGAGGCAGGAGAGGACAGCCCAUGAGGAACCCAGAGAUGGUCAGGAGUCCCAGUGAGAAGAGCUCAAUGUGUCGGAGAGUUGACAUGCACGUGGACUUCAACCAGAUUGGCUGGAGCUCCUGGAUCAUUUUUCCCAAGAAGUACAAUGCUUACCGCUGCGAGGGCAGCUGCCCAAACCCUCUGGGCGAAGAUCUUCACCCCACCAAUCACGCUUACAUGCAGAGUUUACUGAAGUACUACCAUCCAAACCGAGUUCUUUCAGCCUGCUGUGCGCCAACAAAGAUGAGCCCUCUCAGCAUGCUGUAUUACGAGAACGGAGAGCUAAUCCUGCGACACCAUGAAGACAUGGUCGUGGAGGAGUGCGGCUGCCUCUGAUGGAUUCGUGGGUUUCAUCAACGCUUCAAAUAGACAUUCAAAAGUCAAACACUGAGCCGAA